AUGGGACUCUCAGGACUUCUGCCAAUCCUGGUACCAUUCAUCCUUCUGGGGGACGUGCAGGAACCUGGGCACGCUGAAGGCAUCUUUGGCAAGCCGUGUCCCAAAAUCAAAGUGGAAUGCGAAGUGGAAGAAAUAGACCAGUGUACCAAACCCAGAGAUUGCCCAGAAAACAUGAAGUGCUGCCUGUUCAGCCAUGGAAAGAAAUGUUUAGACCUCAGAAAGGUGAGCCUUACUUUAUACCAUAAGGAGGAGCUUGAAUAACCUCCAGGAUUUGGCGCAUAAUCCAGGCCUCUCUCCACGUGUGCCUGAUUGAUGCUCCAAAUUAGCUUCCAUGGGCCAAACCUUGGCUGUUCCAGAAACUGAACCCCAGGAAUUGCUUACACCCUUUCUUCCAGCGUAGCAUCUCUUCAAACACAAUGCUCUUCCCCUUGACCACUUACUCAGUAUGAAACUCUAUGUCUUCAACUUUCA